UGGGAAGGUGUGGAGACGGGGUGUCAGACGGACGGUCCGGCGGUGUUGGACGUCCGGUCGGAGCCGCUGAAGAUGGCGGUCGUUAAACCGGACAGUGCGGUUCGGGAGGCUCUGGAGGAUCGGGAUCCGAAUAACUUGAAUACGCAUGUGCAGAUAGUAUGGGACGACAUAAUCGGCGAGCCAGAAGGCGCGCGCAGCCCAGAAUGCGCAUGGAGGCUCAGCAAUGCGUGCUUCAAGCAUACGCGGAACUGGUGCUACACGAUACUGGCUGUGCUUAUAGCACCACCAUGUGCACUAAUACUGGGCUGCGGUUUUGCCUGUCUUGCCUUUGAGCAAAUCUGGUGCACAGGACCAUGCCUACGCUGCGUGAAGAUUUACUUCGCAUCAUUCCGUACCAUCGUGCAAUCCUGUAUGGCAGCCACUGUGGUACCGACUUGUGAGGCCAUCGGCCAUGUUUGUCGACAUAUCCGCGUUAAUUUCAGAAAAGAGGCCCCGGAUGAAAAGGAUAUGCUAGUCGUUUAAUUUUAAAAAUCGACUUGUUCCAUCCAUUAGGCCAUCGAAUACGUUUGUCGGUAUAUCCGGGAUAACUUUAGGAGUAAUGUCGGAUGAGAAGGAAUGCUAGUUGUGUAACUAUCCAAUUUGAUAUCAGACGUAGUUUUUAUGUCAUUCCAAACGAUCGU